CGUCUCCAUUGGCUCUCCCUCCACUCUGCGCUCAGCCUUUUCACUCCGGACCAGCCUUCACGCAGCAGAGUGCGUGAGUGUGAGUGCAUCUGUAACCCACGCUGUCUGCCUGAAACCGGCCUCCCAGCUUCCCACGCUGCUCUUUGGAGAGAAAAAGAUGGAGAAAAAGAGCGAGAUCAACGGGCACGCCAUGCCCAGCUCGGCCUCCACGGACCGGAUCCUGGAGAAGAGCGCGCAGAAGAGCUUCGGGGAGAGGCUGAUGGAGUUUCUGAGGAAGAACCUGCUGGUCAUCCUCACGGUGUCCGGGGUGCUGGUGGGCGUCGGGCUCGGGAUGAUGGUCCGCAACAUGAACCUGACCAAGGCGCAGAUGACCUACUUCGCCUUCCCCGGAGAGAUGCUCCUCCGGAUGCUGAAGAUGAUCAUCCUGCCCCUGGUGGUCUGCAGCCUCAUAUCCGGCGCCGCCAGCCUGGACACGCGCUCCCUGGGCAAGCUGGGGGGCAUCGCGGUCGCCUACUUCCUGGUGACCACGCUGAUCGCCUCCGGGAUCGGGGUGGCCCUUGCCUUCAUCAUCAAACCCGGCGUGGGCGCGGGAGCCCUGAACACCAACAGCCUGGGACUGGAGAGCGUCACCAGCAACAAGGAGACCGCGGACUCGUUUCUGGAUCUGGCCAGGAAUUUAUUCCCAGCGAACUUGGUGGCUGCUGCUUUCCGUUCAUAUGCCACUGACUACAAGAUGGUUGCUGCAGGGAACGACACCAAUGGGACCACCCUCUAUCAAAAGGUGCCUAUUGGUACAGAAACAGAUGGCAUGAACAUCCUGGGUCUGGUGUUAUUUGCCAUGGUAUUUGGCGUGGCGCUGAAGAAACUGGGAGAGGAGGGGGAAGAGCUCAUUCGUUUCUUCAACGCGUUCAACGAGGCCACCAUGGUGCUGGUGUCUUGGAUCAUGUGGUAUAUCCCCUUUGGCAUCAUGUUCCUGGUGGGCAGUAAGAUUGUGGAAAUGGAAGAUGUGGUUCUUCUGGUCACCAGUCUGGGAAAAUACAUCUUUGCUUCAAUCCUGGGCCACGUUAUCCACGGAGGCAUCGUCCUGCCCCUCAUCUACUUCGGCUUCACACGCAAGAACCCCUACAGUUUCCUGUCAGGCCUCAUCACGCCCUUCACCACUGCCUUCGCCACCUGCUCCAGUUCAGCAACUCUUCCCUCUAUGAUAAAAUGUGUUGAGGAGAACAAUGGCGUGGACAAACGCAUCAGCCGCUUCAUCCUUCCUAUCGGGGCCACCGUUAACAUGGAUGGGGCGGCCAUAUUCCAGUGCAUCGCUGCUGUCUUCAUCGCUCAGCUCAACAACGCUGAGCUGAACGCUGGACAGAUCUUCACCAUCCUGGUGACAGCCACAGCCUCAAGUGUUGGUGCAGCAGGCAUCCCGGCUGGCGGCAUCAUAACCAUCGCCAUUAUCCUGGAGGCCAUCGGCCUGCCGACCAACGACCUGUCCCUCAUGCUGGCUGUAGACUGGAUUGUGGAUCGUACCACCACGGUGGUGAACGUGGAGGGCGACGCUCUGGGCGCUGGAAUCCUCCACCACAUUAACCAGCAGGAGAUGAAGAAGCAGCAGGAGCAGCAGCAGGACGGGGAGCUGGCGGAAAUCCGGGUGGAGGCAGUGGCCAACGUCCAGGCUGAGGAGGAGACCUCGCCGCUCGUCAUGCACCAAACCAAAGCCUUGGGGUCCACGCCAGAAGCCAUUGAGUCUGUCCUGUGAACUCAGCGAGACUUCCUUUCUUGCCCCCUGACCUUUUGACACUUUUGACGUUGCUGCUGAUGCACCAUUCAAAAAACAAGGUCACUGACGGUUACACUUGUGAGGAAAGUGCCAUCGUAGCAGUCGGUCUAGAGCAUCGACAGUCUCCAGUGUGCCUGUUGUGCUUUUCAAAUUCGGUCACAUAACUGGGUUUAUUUUAAAGCAGAUUAGGAUAUGAUGAAUCUGAGAAUUGUUCAACUUUUCUUUUGCACUUGAGGCAACAUUUUUUAAAAUAUUUUAAAAAUUUUAAACAAAGCAUUUUGCGAUAAACAAAAUGUAAAGUGGAAAAUGUCCCUCAAACAUUCCCAUAAAUGUGGUAGUUCUGUUUGUCUCAUACUGUAUAGGAUGCUCGCGGCCAUAACUUUGUACAUUAGAACAUCAUCAAGUGCAUUUUUUUUGUUUGUUUUUUUGUCUUCAGACAGCAAACAGUGACCAACAUUAAAUGUAGAACACUAACAAUUUGCCAAAUGCUGACCGGUCAAAAAUGUCAAACAAAUGCUUCUGUCCUAAUUUAAUUACACGUUCGGGACGCCUGUUCGGUCACCUCAACUCAGCCGGUGGUAACGCAUCUAUCUGCAUUUUGUUUGUGCAGCUCAAACAGCAACUUUUGUCUUUGGAAAAGGGAUCUGUCUGGUCCCAGGUUUAAAACAAUGUUUACAAGAUGUGCCCAGACUUUUUGUUUGCUGAGCGUCAGCAGACAAUGUCAAACAUUAACCUUCGAAUGGCAGGUUAAUAAUUUGGCCUAUUUUUUAAGUGAAGUACUGUUUAACUAGUGACACACAGCAUGGUAAAGCACGGCAUGGUUAAACGUUGGACCAUGUGGAUCUGUGUGUGUUUAUUGCCAUUAUGGUCUCAUUGAGAGUUAUAUCCCCCAACUAAUCCUUUUCAUCCCUGAGUAAACAGAAUCAUGGGGUUAUUUACAUAACCAUGGUUCUCUGAAUCUCUCCCACCGUGGAGGAAGACCUCAUAAAAAGCCAGCGGAUAAUGUUUCCCAAGUAAGUUCCUCUAAUUUGUUUGCAAGCUAACAGCUAAAGCAAUCUUAACAUGCAGUUAUCAGUUAGCUUAGCUAUUGUUAAUUAAUGCUAUUCUUUCUUAGAUUAAAUUGCCUCUCUGACCUGAUACUCGAAUUAACUAGCAAAGUAUUAUAGAUUUAUUUAUUUAUGGUGAAAAGGUCAACUUCUAGUCUAUAACAGAUCACAAAUGAACAUCCUGUUGUUGUUUUUUUUAAGGGUCGGUGUACUUUGCAGCCAAUGGAUUUUCUAAACUAAAAGAAACUAAAAUCAGGAACCAGCUGUUUCCUGACUACUAUUCAGAAAUAUGGGGAACAGAACGGGUCAGCUUAACUUUUUCUAUUUUUGUUUUCAAAACAGAAAACAGGUAGUUUUUUUUCGUUUUCUGAUUAAAACCCGUAAAACGUCUUGUUUCCCUAUUUUGGAUUUCUCAUUUCAAAACCAAAAUCUGUUCCCUGCAAAGUCCACCGACCUUAAAGCUGCAGUAGGUGACCUCAUUCCCAGGUUGUCAGAUACGGAUGCUUUGGGUUGGUGGCCUGAAGCUUUGGGACCCAAAUCGUUGGUAUUUGAUGACAACAAUCAACAAUCAAAUAUCUCUCUGGUCUCUGACUUCUUCACUGAUUAUCUGUCUCGUGUACUACAGUCAGGAUACAGUGAAAGUUUACCUACUGCAGCUUUAACGAGCUUAUGGGAUCCUGUUUAAUACAGUUAGUAUGGGACAUAAUUACAGUUAAUGGAGCAUUAGUUUACUGUACUGUAAACACAGUUGUUUGUUUGACAUCAUGAAAAACACUCCGGUCUCCCUUUUAUUAAAGAACAGAUAUUUGAUUUAUGGUACAGUCUGUUAGUGUGCGAAGGAAUCCCCAACAAAUCCACAAGAACUUCACUUAAAAAACAAAAAGCUUCUUCAAAUGUUUACACAUAAAUACCGGACCAAAACUCAUGAGUUCACAUCAUACUGUAAGUCUUUAUUUGUGGAUCCAUCCUUUGAUUUUGUGCUUUUUUCUUGCAUCAUAUUAACCUCCAGUGGAAGUUAUAUAUGAUGUAAUAGUUUAGACCCUGAGGUGGUGGUUCAGUGCAUCCCAAGCUACGUCACAGUCCCUGACUUCUUCAUCAUAACCUCUACCUCUCUUAUUGGCAAAACUUUUACAUUACAAACAUUAGCUCAUAUUUAAAUUCAGUCAGUGUGAUACAUUAUUAGCUGUGAUUGUGUUGAAGGGAAUGUUGGUCAUUGUGGUGUCUGGUGCUUUACCUUGAUGAUAGGGAUAAAAACUGUAAGAGUAGACUUGCUCCAUGCCAUAUGUUAUACUGUUUGACAUGAAGGAAAGUGCCAGAUUUCUUCUGGUUUAGUAGAAAGGUGGGAUGAGCCUGUGCUGCCCUCUAGUGGUGACACACAGUCAUGUACUAAACUGAGGGUGAUGGCUGGAAGCAGUUUUGUGUCCGUCUGAAACACUUCAGCGGGCUUUGUUGAUGGAUAACUGUUGUAAUAUUUAUUUGAUCUAUUAUUUAACAUUGGUAGUGAUGAGUCUGUGUAUUUUAAAGUGAAAACCACUAAGAGAAUGAAGGAACAUGUAUGUUGAACUUAAUGCAUGUUGCUUUAGUUUUGGAUCAUGUAUGUUGAAGCUGUUUAAAGAGGAAGUAAUCUAACAUGUUUGAAAUUGUCUUACUGAUUUAACAGGUGACUUUUCUAAGCUAACAACUGCUUUCUUAACCUAAAGCUGAGUUUUAAGGCUAGAUUUUGUUUGGUACCCUCACAUGUGAUUACAUAUAAUUCUGUACUUUAUAUAUAUUUUACAUUAUUUGUAAUUGUUUUGUAUUGUCUCAUUUUAACACUUUCUCUCAGUGUCAAAUUUUUUAUUGUUCUGAUACAAUUUUUUAAUGAAUUCUUCUGCCGUCGUUCUGAUAACCUGUUGUUAGAAAUGUAAUUUAAUUUGUUUCCUUUUUGGGACUAGUUGCUACGUUGCCUGUGCCAUGUCUGUGUCUAACACUGUACAGCUGUCUCUCUGCUGUUGGUCCUGCUGUCUGUCAUCAUUAAAGGUGAUACAGUCAAUUUUUCAUGCAACCCAAAA